AAUAAAAAAAAUCCCGUUUUUCUUCGUCCGCAAGCUCUCUCUCUCUCUCUCUCUCGCUCGCGGGCUCCCGACGCACCACCAACCUCCUCCGGCAACCACCGCAAUCGCGAGCGCGCGUGCGCGAUCCGCACCUCCGGCCUCCGCCAUGGGCGACGGCGUCCCCGCCGGCUCCGGCUCCGGCUCCGGCUCGGACGAUCCGUUCCUCCGCAAGUACCAGCGGUCCGAACUCCGGAUCGCGUCGGAGUUCCUCACGACCUGGCUCCCGUUCCUCUCCAGAGAUCUCUGCCCCGGCUGCACCGACAGCCUCGCCCAUCGCAUCCGCUCUCUGACUCAGGAGUCUCCUUCCGUCAGGACUUCAAGUUCGCACAUGUCUUGGGCUGACAUGGCUCAGGAAGAUGAGCUGGAAGAGGAAGAUGACCAGGAAUCCAACAAACGCUUGGCUGAUACGAACAGGUUAGCUGAAGAGUCGAGGGUGUCUGCCGUUUCGGAGAAGCCGAAAUUGCCCAGGGAGCAAAGGGAGCACAUACGGUUUAUGAAUGUGAAGAGGAAUAAGGAUUUUAUAUGUCUAGAGAGGGUUGACGGGAAGCUCGUGAAUAUUCUACAGGGAAUUGAGCUCCACACUGGUGUUUUCAGUGCUGCAGAGCAGAAGAGAAUAGUUGACUAUGUGUAUCAGCUUAAGGGCAUGGGCAAAAGGGGAGAAUUGAAAGAGCGGACAUACACAGCACCACAAAAAUGGAUGAGGGGAAAGGGACGCAUAACUAUUCAAUUUGGUUGCUGUUACAAUUAUGCAACGGAUAGAAAUGGAAAUCCACCGGGAAUUCUUCAGAAUGAAAUGGUUGAUCCAUUGCCUCACCUCUUUAAGGUUAUUAUAAGAAGAUUGAUUAGGUGGCACGUAUUACCUCCAACGUGCAUACCUGAUAGUUGCAUCGUCAAUAUUUAUGAAGAAGGGGACUGCAUACCUCCACACAUAGACAACCACGAUUUUGUUAGGCCAUUCUGCACUGUAUCAUUUCUUAGCGAGUGUGACAUUGUUUUUGGAUCAAAGCUGAAGGUAAUUGCUGCUGGUGAUUUUGAUGGGCCUUAUAAGGUUCCUCUUCCAGUAGGAUCUGUUCUUGUUCUAAAUGGAAAUGGGGCUGAUGUGGCAAAGCAUUGUGUUCCUGCAGUCCCUACAAGGAGGAUAUCCAUCACAUUUAGGAGAAUGGAUGAAUCUAAAAGGCCCAAAGAUUAUGUUCCAGAACCUGAUUUGCAGGGAAUUCAGCCAUUGCAGUAUGAAGCGGAAAGAUCUAAGAGGUCAAAUUCGUAUGGAACAGACCGACAUUCAAGAAGGUAUCUUCCUAGGAGAGAGGCUUACAAUGGUUCAAGGGGAUACACAGAGAGAAAUGAUUCACGUUCAGAGCCUCACUAUUCACUUCAAAUUCAUCGAGGGCCUUCGAGUAGACGAAGGGUCAGGGUAAAUGUGGACAGCUAGUGGCUGCAUCUUUGUUAAUGCCCUUACAGUUCAAGAGGAAUGGUCCAUUUGGACCAUCAUCAUUUAUAUUUAUAUCUCUGGAUCUGGUUGACGUGUGGUUGUUUUGUGGCCUUUCUACCUGGUAAAGUCGCUUUUAAGUUCCCAUUUUCAGUAUCUGAGGAUCUAAUGAACACCAUCAUGUCUCUUUUGCCGUGGUGGUACAUAACUUGGAGAUUCUUUAGAUGGAGAUCAAAAUGCGGCAAAACAUCUGGUUAUAAAUACAUUUGUAUAUCAGAUUGAGUGUGCACAUAUGUGAGCUGGAAUUUUCUGCAAGUCAUGGACGGCCUGGGUCGACAUCAGUAUGUAUCAGAGUUAGGGGAGCUUUUUCAACUCGGUACAGCAUUUAGCUUGCUAUAGGGUUGCAUAAGAUUCGUGGAAGCUAUGUAUUCAUUGUAAACGUGUAAAGAUUUGGUUAAGGAUUGUAGGGGCUAUGAUAUGAUUUUAUUUUGAAGUUUUUCCUGCCUUUUUUUGUCAUAUAAGGGAGUGUUUAGUGAUGGGUGUAUUUGAUCGGCCGUACUUUGUCUGAUGGGUCUCAUACCAAACAGAGAGUUGAUAUGUGAACUUGUGUUCUGCUCCUGAUGCUCUGUUAAGGUUGUGCAUUGUGACAUGGAGAAACGUGGCUUGAUGAACUUAACG